UUUUUAGAUUCACGAAGGAUUUAAGUUAUAUAUAUUCAUUAUUUUACUUGCCAAAAUUGGUCAGUUCUAUUAAAUAUCAAAUACCUAAAGCUACACCUCCAAAAUUUGAGAGAGAGAUAGCUGGAGAUGGGAAAGGUGAAGUUGGAAUCUCAACAAUCCAAGAACACAAAAAAUCAUUUCAGUCACCCUCACCCUUUAGAACUAAUCACUAAUCAAAACUUUGCUUCACCUUCUUCACAACUAUGUUCAGGUUGCAAGAUUCAAGCCAAUGGAUCAAUCUACACAUGCAAAUCUUGCAAUUUUUUCCUCCAUACUGAAUGUGCCCAAAUGCCUCAGCAAACCACUCAUCCAUUUGACAAAGAACAUCAUUUCACUCUCCUCCCAAAACCCAUUUACCCUGAAGGGAAUUUCAACUGUGAUGCAUGUGGGGAAAUAGGAGAUGGCUUCUCUUACCACUGCAAAACUUGUGGCACUGACCUUCACAUACUAUGUGCUAUUUUCCCACUAUGUGUCACUCACUGGUCUCAUCAUCACCAGCUUGAGCUCAAGUUUUCACCUCCUUAUCCUGAUAAAUCUUUCUGUUGUGAUAUUUGCAAGAAUGUUGGAACCAAUCACUGGCUUUAUAGAUGCCAAACUUGUGGUUUUGAUGCUCAUUUGAAUUGUACAAAGUUACAAGAUCCACCACAUCAAAGUUAUAUCCAUCAGAACCCAACUACAAGUAGGUCUGCUCCUCAGCAGCAACAUUUUAUAGGGAUAAAUCAUAUGAAUCAAGGGAUUAACCAUGGACCUGCUGUACCUCAAUUAUUCGGGCCUAGGCAGAACAAUGAAAUGUCACUCCAAGAAAUACUUAGAAAGCAAGGUGAAGAUCAACAGAAAUUGAUACAAGAAAUGUUCACGGCAGCCACUGCUCGGCAGAAUCAACUAAUACAGCAGCACAUGGCUGCUACUUCUCGGCAGAAUCAAGACAUAAACCAGCAAAUCAUGGCUGCUACUUCUCCGCAGAAUCAAGACAUAUACCAACAAAUCAUGGCUGCUAGUGUUCGGCAGAAUCAAGAAAUAAACCAGCAACUGACGCAAGCACUUAUGAAUAAUGCCUCUGCUGGUAAAGUUAAUCCUAUGCCAAAUUUAUACCAAAAUAUGAUGGGUGGAUUCAAUAACGGAGGAGCUGUAAAUGUCUUACAAGCAUUAUCAGGUGGUGGUGGAAUUGGUGGCGGCAGUGGAGGAAUGGAACUUCUGCAAUCAUUUGUGGGUGGCGGCAAUGUUGGCAUUGGUGGUUUGGAUUUGAUUGCAUUAUUUGGAAGCCUUAACUUCUGAAAAUUCUCUCAGAUAAAAAACAGUAAAAAGAAUUAGACGUUAUUUACAGCUAAUAAUAAUGAUCCCGUGAUUAACCGGGAUGUUUAGUACAUUGACUUGAGUUUAAGAACUAGCAUUAUCACCAUGCGACCAACUUACCUCCAACUAUCAAAUUGGUCAACCUGCCUAGUUUGGCAUUUUAAUUGUUCCAAGUUCCAACCAUUCCUAUUCCCUACUAAUCAAAAUUCCACUUUGAACUCU